UGUGGGAGCAGCAGCAUCGUCUCUGCAGCUGGACUCCUGUCGGACCAGCAGCAGGUAAAGUGCCUUAAAGAGGAGACGUCACAUCACAUGACGUCACAGAGACAUCACAGAGACAUGGGCCGCGGAGACGUCAUGAGCCGGGCGGAGGACGCGGCGGAGCAGUUCCUGCGGGUCACCAAACACUACCUCCCCCACGUGGCCCGGCUCUGCCUGGUCAGCACCUUCCUGGAGGACGGCUUCAGGAUGUGGUUCCAGUGGGCGGAGCAGAGCGAGUACAUCAACUCCACCUGGAGCUGUGGACGCCUCCUCGCCAACCUCUUCGUCCUGCUCAACCUGCUGGGGCAGCUGGGAGGUUGUGUGUUGAUCCUCAGUAGAAACUUUGUUCAGUACGCCUGCUUCACUCUGUUUGGGAUCAUCAGCAUGCAGACGGUGGCCUACAGCAUCCUGUGGGACCCAAAGUUCCUCAUGAGGAACCUGGCGUUGGGGGGUCUGCUCCUCCUCCUGGCGGAGUGUCGUGGGGAGGCCCGCAGUGUGUUUGCAGGAGUUCCCUCUCUGGGUCACCAGAGUUCUCCGAGGCACCUCCUCCAGCUGGGAGGAAGAGUCCUCCUCAUCCUCAUGUUCAUGACGCUGCUGCACUUUGACCUGAGCCUGUUCAUGAUCCUUCAGAACCUGGUGGGCUCGGCGCUCAUCGUGCUCGUGGCCGUCGGCUUCAAGACGAAGCUGGCGGCUCUGACUCUGGUCGUCUGGCUGCUCUGCAUCAACGUCACCUUCAACGCCUUCUGGAACGUCCCGUCAUACAAACCCAUGCACGACUUCCUCAAGUACGACUUCUUCCAGACCACGUCGGUCAUCGGGGGUCUGCUGCUGGUGGUGGCCCUGGGGCCCGGGGGGGUGUCCAUGGACGAGAAGAAGAAGGAGUGGUGAGGAGGAGGAGGAGGAGGAGGAGGAGGAACAACAGGUGUCUCUGAUCUCUCUGGAGUGUAACGGUACAAACAUCAGCUCAGUUCAGCAGAAGAUGCUUUUAUUUUGAAAAAUCACCCAAAUUCUUAUAUAACCUGAAUGUUAUUAAAUCAAAGUUGUUUUUAUCAGAACAUAAAUAAAAUAUUCCAACUGUAACCAGCAGUUUAACUUUAACUCCACCUGAUCAGUAACCUAUCGAUCUGAUCACUUAUGUAGAGUCAUCAAUAGAAAUGGAGGCGUUAAGUCAGCGUACCAGGAUACUCAGAGCAGAGGAGUCACGUUAUGAAGUGUAGAGAGUACAACAUGUAACACCUGAACGCCUCAUCCUCAUCACAGAGUAGAAAAAAGCAUUGAGUUUCAUUUUGGUAACCAUGGUAGCAUGAAAGCGUGGUGGACUUAGCCUACGAACCAUUAAACAGCUAGCUCUUUGGCUAGCUUGCUCGUUCCACCAUGCUUUCAUGCUACACCAUCUGUCCCUUCUCCUCACUCACAGUCGCCAUGGAGAAGGACAAGCUAACUAGCUAACAAGCUAACUAGCUAACAAGCUAACUAGCCGGUCGCAUAUAUAAAUGUCCUUCUGUUGAACUGAACUCACCUGCAGCAGUUAGUUGAAGCUCCGCCUCUCAUCACACCUGUUCAACGGCCAUAAAUAUUGUUUUAAUAUUAUUAAACUUUUUUCUUAUCGUAACUACAAACAAUCCAUUCAUUCUGAGACUUUAACCAGCGUUGGUUUUUUAUGAAACACAUUUCAUUAUGUCCUGUUUACUAAAUAUAUAUAAAUAUAAAUGUUAGAAUGUCGAUUUAUGUUAAUCAUUAUAAACAACAUUGAUUCUGAAGCAUUUCAACAAACACUUUAACAAUCCUUCAGAAAAGUUGAGUUUAGGAGUCACAGCUCUACAUUAAGGUCUGAUAUAACAGAACGAAUGCUUUUCUGCUUUUAAUGGGACAUUUGUGUCUGACUGUCUGUAUUUAAGAUACACAGUUUAUUAUAUAAUUAAUAUACUUACAUUACACUACAUCAUUACAUUAUUACAUUACAUUACAUUACAUUACAUUACAGUCAUGUAGCAGACGCUUUUAUCCAAAGCGACUUACAGGAAGUGUAUUCAACAUAGGUAUUCAAGAGAACUACUAGUCACCAGAAGUCAUCAGUGCAUCUCCUUUCUUAAACAAGCAUCUUAAAGCAGAAACCAGAGCAAAAGUAUAGUGCAGAGGCAGAUUACUACGAAGACAAUAAUUGCAACAAAGUUAAAAGACUUAAAGUACAUGCCACAUGCAUUUACUCAGACAAAUGAUGGAAACAUUAAACAUUAAAAACACAGACGGUCACACUGUUCUUAUUUUAAAUGGUGUCUACAUUAAACCAGCUGACUCCAGAUCUGCUCAGAGCCCCAUCUCUCUGUUCAUUCUCCCCUCGCCUCGAUCAGAGCGACCAAUCACAGAUCGUCUACGGGUCACAUGACCUGUGAGUUUUAUGCUGCUGUCGUAUUGUUUUUACAAACACACAGGUAUUCAGACGUGUUUUGUUUUAAAUCAGCUGACUCACUUUAAAGCUGAAACAUCAUAAAUCAAAAGUCUUAAUAGUAAUAAAAUAGUUAUUUUUGGAACAUUUCUUGUUUGUGAGAUGUUGUAAUGACUGAAACGUCCAGCAGGUGGAGCUGUUUACAUUCACACUGUUUCACUUCUGUUUUCUUGUUUGUAUCUAUAAAGUUGUGACAAAGUGAAAUAAUUUUCUAUCACGUGUUUUUGUAGAAGAUGUUUAAUAAAUCAG